AUGGCGACAGCACAUUGCUCGUACGCAUCCGAGCCGACACAAGAUGACCCAUAUGUCUACCAGUGUGGAUUUGGCAACCGAUUUGCAUCCGAGGCCAUACCUUCUGUUCUUCCUCGAGGUCAAAAUUGUCCGCAAAAGGUCAAAUAUGAUCUUUACUCGGAACAAUUGAACGGCUCUGGUUUCGUCUCACCACGUGCAACAAUACAGAAUGUUUGGAUGUACAGGAUACGUCCAUCUGUGGCUCACAAAGAAAUAUCGAAGUCAGAAAUGAAUACAAAGCUUCAUGCCUGUUUCUCUCCCUUGAACCCGGAAGUAAAUUAUGAGCCAUCGCAGCAAGCAUGGGAACCGUUUCCAUUGCCUGAAUCUGCCACUAGGGUUGACUUCAUUCAAGGUCUAAAAACGAUAGGUGGUCAAGGAGACGCUACGUCUAAGUCAGGGAUAGCCAUUCAUGUCUAUUCUGCCAAUGAAUCAAUGGGAAGAAAGGCGUUUUGCAAUAAUGAUGGCGACCUUCUCAUCUUACCACAGACAGGACGUUUGGACGUCCAGACCGAACUAGGAAAAAUGAUGGUACGGCCUGGAGAAUUGGUUGUCAUACAAGCUGGCCUAAGGUUUCGAGUCUCUUUGCCAGAUGGCCCAUCUCGCGGAUAUAUCCAAGAAAUUUUUGGUGCGCACUACGAGCUCCCAGAACUAGGCCCAGUUGGUUCGAACGGACUUGCUCUGCCCCGAGACUUUGAGAUGCCAGUAGCCAGCUUCGACAUUGAUCACAAUUACGGGUGGGAGAUUGUCUACAAAUUGGCUGGAAACCUUUACUCUUGUCAGCAAAAUCAUACACCCUUUGACGUCGUGGCCUGGCAUGGAAACCUGGUGCCGUACAAAUACGCAAUCGAAAAGUUCAUCAAUAUGGCCAAUGUUGAAGUGGACCAAGCCGAUCCAACGAUCUACUGUGUUCUAACAGCGAAGUCACAUACUCCAGGAAUAUCACUGACUGAUUUUUUGGUAUUUACAAACAAGUGGAUCACCACGCGCGACACCUUCCGGCCACCUUACUAUCACAGAAAUAUGUCGACAGAGAUUAUGGGCCUGGUUUACGGGAAAUAUGGUGGAAGUUCCCAUGUUCUCGAGCCUGGAGGACUUAGUUAUGAGGCACCCUACAUGCCUCAUGGAGAGACAUAUGAGACUUGGAAGGACGCAACUACGAAAGAUCUAGUUCCAACCCGUAUUUGCGAGGGCACACUUGCAUUUAUGUUCCACAUAUCAGUGCCUCUACUGUUAACAGAAUUCGCAAUGACGAGCCCGGAGCGUCACCCUGCGGAUGUGAAUCAGUGGGAUGAUGUUCAGGGCCAUUUCCUAGAGCAUGUGGAAGAAAUAAACAAGCAGCUUUUGGCUGCUGGACGCCUACCACUAAUAUUUGACAACAGACAGAAUGUGAGCGAAGUAAAUUUGAAUGGACAUGAGAAUGUGAGUGUGGGAAUGAGCAAUGGGUCGAGUUAAAUCAAAG